AUGGGUCAGACGGCGUCGCAGCCCGAAGGGGGCAAGACCCUCAAGGUCAUUGGAGCCGGUCUGUCAAGGACGGGCACCACCUCGUUUGGUGCAGCUUGCUCAUACCUCCUCGACGGCCCCUGUUACCACGGCGGCACCCAAAUGCUCAACUCCCCCGAAUCUCACAUCAAGCGCUGGAUCGACAUCAUCAGGCACACCCCCGUCAAGGGUGAAGCCGACCGGAAGGCAUUACACGAGGGCGUCAAGGAGAUGCUCGACGGAUACGUCGCCUGUACCGAUCUGCCUUCGAACGCCUUUGUCGAAGAACUCAUGGAGAUCUAUCCCGACGCCAAAGUCAUCUGCACAGUCCGUGAUCCUGAUAAGUGGUGGAACAGCUUGGCGCCCAUCGUCGAGAAGGGCAACUUGACUGUCCUGUCGUGGAUCCUGGCACCCCUACCGACUCUGCGGUGGUUCCGAACAUACCACGACGCCCUCGACGAAGGCCGCGUGGGAGAGCUGUACUUCCGACCCGGAGAGCCUCAGAGGCCCACGAGGGCCAUGUGGGACCGACAUAUCGAGCAUCUGAAGAAGGUUGUCCCCAAGGAGAAGCUCUUCUUCUACGACGUCCGCGAUGGCUGGGAGCCCCUGUGCGCCAUCCUGGGCGUGCCUGUGCCCAAGGACACACCCUUCCCCAAAUUAAACGAUGCUGCCGCCAUGGAGACUUUCAUGAAGAAAAGUGCCCAACGGGGCAUGAUGGCCUGGGCUGGCAUCUUCGUGUCGGUCGGUGUGGCUGCCUUCACCGCUGGCAGAUACGCCCAAGUGUUCUAA